CUCGGAAUCAAUCUUUUGUAUUAGACAUGCCAGAUGCGUGAAAAGUUGUUAAGUCACGAAUAUAAAAUCCUAACUAAGCCAAGGCCACUACCAGUUUUAGCUAUUAUAAGUGAGAUAGUUGUUACGUCACGGAUAUGGUCAUAUGGAAACAGUACUCCACUGGACUGUUAUCAAUCAUUUUUUUAUUGUAACUAAAAACCAUGAAGCCGAUUUUACAACAACAUGCAAAGCGCAUUCUUGUUUGCGGUUACAAGAGUUCUUUGUUCCGUUCCUACGCAACCCUGUGGUCACCCGAGGCAAGCCAAACUCUGCAGCUUCGGAUCAAAGCGGCUUUACAUCCUACACAACAACCCUUGCUCGGUCAAUGGCAGCAACAGGAGAAACCGCUGUACAUCAAAGGGCUCAUCGAAAAUUUUCAAGAUUCUAAUCGGUUUCCUCAAGAACUCGAGGCAUCAAAAUGGAUGGGUGAAGAAAAGGUGUGUACAGCUCAUCUUCAUCUGACUGAGACAGUGUUGGGUUUGGAAGAAACAGAGAAGUUCUUCAAAACCAUCCCUUCAAACAUGAGAGAUUACUCAGUCUACUCCACGCUCUUGACCUCUUACACGAGAUCUGAGAAAACGUUGGAUAAAGCCGAGUCUACUUUCAAGAAGAUGAGAGAACUCGGCUUCCUCUGGAAAUCGUCACGGUUCAACUCGAUGAUUUCUCUAUACAGCCAGCUGGGAAAAGGAAAUAUGGUCGAUAAGCUGUUUAUGAGAAGGUGGGUUGAUGAAGAAGGAAUCAAACUGGAGAGAGACACCGUCGCAGAAAUGGCAAAUGCUUAUGUUAGAGUUUGUUCGGAGAUGUAUUAUGGUAACGUGGUAAGGAGUGCAAUAGGGUGAUACAAACUCUUUGGGACAAGUUCAAAAAGAGCGAAGAGGAUUAUCAAACCGUGAUGAGCUCUUUGUCGAAACUUGAGGAUGUCAAAGAAGCUGAGGAUAUAUAUGGAGAGUGGAAAGAAAAUGGAAUGGUAACCAAAAAGACAAUAAUGCUGUUACAUGUUUUGAAUCUGCUCUUGAUCUUGGUCACUUUGAGCCUUCCUUUUUUUGUUUGCUUUGAGCAUUCCUCUGGUUGUUUUGAGUGUUAUCUUGACGCACAUUAGUAUCACUCAACUUCUUAGA